AUGCCAGAAUUUAAUCACGGUCCGGUGCCUACGGGCUGGAAGGUGGAGGCGGUGCCCAAGAAUCCAACCGACAGCGACAACACCGAUAUGAUAAUCGGGGUUAGUAUUGAUGAGAGGGCGCAGAUUAUGGUACUGAACGCCAACACCAGCACCAGAUGCAAGAAUGUCAACGAAUAUAUCAAUUAUACGACACCCGUUAUUAUAAGUUACAUGAUCAAUGCCUUUAAGAUUGUGUACAAUAUACUUUUAUUGGAGAACACU